AUGACGACAUCACCUUCGGUGGGGGUCUAUUCCAAAUCACUGAUGGAGUCUGGGCCGGAUUCUGUUAGACAGGAGCCUGGGCCGUUUAUUGCGCCAUCGCUGGAGGAGCUGCUGCCGCAGCUAUCCCUUGAGGAGCGGGUACGAUUGCAGAGUCACCUACACGAGCACGAGCGCAAAGUGAAGCGAUGGAGUAAGUGUCCUACAUUACCUUCGGGCCGGUCAGAAAGAAAGCGCGACACCACCAUCAUGCCUCACGUCCGCCACGCUCUCCACUAUUACAAUGCCAGGCACCCGGGUGAUGAGUUUGAUGCUGUGAAGCCUCUGAUGGAAUCCAGAGCUAGUUUCAGGAAACAGCUGUGGGCUCACGUCAACUUCUGGGCUCGCAGUCGCAAAAGCAACAAAAUCAAGCGCUUCUUCGCUGAGGUGCACUACAACCCAAAACCUAUUGUUGAAGUGUGCACCAUCAUCGAAGAGCCUCUUGACCGGUACAGGAGGAGCUGCGCAUUCUGUCCUGGCAACCGGGACAUUUUGCACCCUGUUGGUUCCCGUAAGUUUGUUUGUGGAAAUGAUAAGGACCGGAUGGUACAACAAUUCAAGCCUCGUACAUUCUCUGAAUUUCGUGGAAUGCCAUUCACUUGCUGCCCGAGUUCGGCCUCCUCCAACGUUCAAGAGGAAGUAGGAAAGAGAGUAUUCUGA